AUGUCUCUGAAGAUAGCGGCUGAAAGUUGGCCAAAACCACCAUUAGAGACCGUACAGUCAAUGAAUGAAGCGGUGGUCGUAAGAGAGUAUGAUGAAGAGAGACACAAGAUUGCAGUAGAGAAAAUGGAGAGUCUUUGUGAGGUUGGGCAGAAAGGAAAGCCAUCUCUUGUCACAGACCUUAUGGGUGACCCCAUAUGCCGUAUUCGUCACUUCCCAAUACACAUCAUGCUGGUCGCAGAAUAUGGAGAAGAAGGAGAAGUUGUUGGAGUGAUAAGAGGAUGUGUGAAGACAGUUGCAAGAGGGAGUUCAGUCUAUGUGAAGGUGGCUUAUCUUUUGGGGCUCAGGGUCUCUCCAACAAGAAGGAGACUUGGCAUUGGCGCAAAAUUAGUUGAACACUUAGAGGAGUGGUGCGAGCAGAAAGGGGCAAAGUAUGCAUAUAUAGCAACUGACUAUACAAAUGAACCAUCCAUCAAUUUGUUCACAAAAAAAUUUGGCUACUCAAAGUUCAGAACUCUGACCAUGCUGGUGCAACCUGUUCAUGCUCACUACAAGCCUAUAACUUCGAGUAUCACCGUGAUUCGCCUUCCACCAUGCCUAUCCAGGUCCAUAUAUAACCGGUUGCUUUCCAAUUCAGAAUUUCACCCAAAAGACAUUGACUUAAUCUUGUCUAACAAGCUCAAUUUAGGGACCUUCAUGGCCAUCCCCAAGAGAUAUCUCUCGAAGUGGGAUCCAAAAACAGGCAUUAUUCCUCCAAAUUUUGCCAUGUUAAGUGUGUGGAACACAAAGGAAGUGUUCAAGUUACAAGUGAAAGGUGUUUCACCAUUAACACAAACCUUCUGUGCAGGGACAAGGAUAUUAGAUUCAUGGGUUCCAUGUUUGAGGCUACCUUCCUUUCCUGAUGUCUUUAAGCCAUUUGGGGUUUAUUUCUUGUACGGAUUACACAUGGAAGGGAAGAAUAGUAGGGUUCUCAUGAGAUCACUGUGUGAAUUUGUGCAUAACAUGGCUAAGGAUGAUGAUGGUUGUGGGGCUGUUGUGACUGAACUGGGGCAAAGGGACCCAGUUAGAGAGGCGGUCCCACACUGGAGCAAGUUCUCAUGGGCUGAGGACGUGUGGUGCAUCAAGAAACUGGACAAAUGUGAGCCACUUGAUUGGAUCAUAUCCGGAUCCUCUUCACCAGUAAUUUUUGUUGACCCUCGUGACUUUUGAAAAGUAAUUAAAUAAACAUAGU